CAUAAUAUUAACGAAGAGUUGGUCCGCGUCUCGGCGUCCGCUUGCGAUUCAAUGGCUGACGAGAAGAAUAAAGCGAUCGUUGAUAUGCUAACCGUUCAGAAGAAGUGCAACCAAUUGCAGGCAAACAGUGAUAAAUUGAUGGCUGACUUAAAGGUAGCAAAAGAUAACGAAGAAUUUUUUAAGAGUCAAAAUUUAAAUACGAAUAACAAGUUUAACGAAUUGGAGAAACACUAUCGAGAACUUUACGAUAAAUAUGCGGCACUUGAGAGGCAACAGAGUUCACAAAACGGUAAGAAAGAGUUGGAGAAUGAGUUGAUGUCUUAUAAGAUUCAACAGAAAAAGUGCGAAAUGAGGAUCAGUUCACUGGAGAAACAGUUUGAACAGAAGUGUAACGAAAAUAAGCAAUUGUCUGAUAUGGUCGACGAACUCAUUGUCAAAGUUCGCAAUUAA